CUGGAGUUGAAUGCAUAUCGAGCUCGAAGCCUGCCUGCGAAAAACCAAGAAUCCUCGCAGACUCUCGAUCGAGAUCACUACUACUCUUCAACCUCGUUGUUUGAUAUCAUCGUUUUAGUUGUGCACUGGCCCAAGAACAUACGCUCAAGCUACUACCGAAAGGCAAAAUAGAUAGUCGCGAUAGUCGUCAUGUCGGAAUCCAGACGUGCCACGGUGGCAGAGGCCUCUCCGUCUCCCGAACCAGAGCAGCAGACGACCCAAGAGGAAACAACGGUAACCGAUGUUCCUCCUCUUCCUGACGAACCAGAACCCAUAUCGACAGCUCCACCAUUACCCGAAGAGCCUGAACCUGAAUCUGAAGCGAAAGGACAAGAAGCAACGGGCCAGGACGAUGAGGUAUGGGAUCCUGCGGCCGAGACGGAUCUGAAAGGGAGAAAGGCGGUAGAGGAAAAGAAGGCUGGAGACCAAAACGAUACGGGCGGAUGGCAGGCCGUCUGGGCACCAACAGCGAACGCCUACUACUUCUGGAACGCAAAGACGGGCGAGACGACUUGGACGAACCCGCUCGCACCACCUCCUACAACCGGACCUUCCUCUCAACCACCUCUUCCGGUUGAACAGCCUCCAUUACCUGAUGAACAACCGCCUUUACCUACCGAACAACCCCCUCUCCCUGAAGCGAUUCCGUCGCUUCCCGCGGCCUCAACUUGGGGUCAGGCAUACAGCGCUCCUUCAUCCUCCUCGUACACCGCCAAUCCGGCUCUUCCGGCAGACAACGGUCUCCCCCCUAUCGACCCCGCUUUGUCUCACCUCCUCCCGAAACACCAACAAGUCGGUUCCAACUUCCAAUCCGCAUCUUUCAACGCCCGGACCGGUCGGUUCACCCCGGCCGACUAUCAAUACACCGUAGACCAUCUGGACGAGGCCAACCGAGCCAAGAGACAGGAAGGUGUAUUCUUCGAUGUGAGCGAGUGGGAGAAGAAGAGGGAGAGCGAGUGGCAGGAGAGGAAGAGAAAGGAGAUGGAAGGUGGAGCUGAGGACAGGACCAAGAACAAGUUGACAAAGGCGGAUAUGGAUCGAUUCCGGCAGAAGAAGCAGGAAAAGAAGGCCCGAAAUAACGCUUGGCUACGAGGUUGAACUGGGUUUCACGUGGAUUUCUAUUGUAUGAUCACCAUCUGUCUC